AUGGCUGCUGCUCUGGAGUCUUGCAGACCCUUCUCCUCAGACUUGUCCCUCAUCAGACGCCUCAACUACAGCCUAAAGCACGGGCAGAGAGACAGACCCACUGUGAGUGCUGGCUCCAGUCGGGCCCCUCUCCGUGUAGACGUCCCCCUUUUGGACCCCUGCAGUGGGCACCUCACCCCAGGAUCUGCAGUCUCUUUGAAGCUGAGGAAUCCACAACCAUUCAUACGUUUACCCCAUGUGCCCUCUGACCUCUGGGUACCUCCAGGUUUAAGGGGCAGAGCCAGGACAGAGAACCCCAGGACAGUGAGCCUUAUCCUGGACAUGUCUCCGGAGAAGGACUGGAACUCACGGAGGGUCCACCACUCUGCACUGAGGGCUCGGAUCAAUGCCAAUCCUGAUGAAGACCCACCCAAGUGCAUGGCCCAGGCUGUGUCCAGUGGUAUCACUCUCAAGUCUGCACAACAGGCUCCUGUUUCUCCUGAACAGUGGAUUUCUGAGGAAGUUCGACAUUACAUAUACACUUCUGCUACACAGAGGAGUUAUGAGGAUGUGAACUGGGACAGGAAGUUACCGCGGCGACCGAAAGCUCCAGACCUUACUUUGGAGAAAAUGGUCGACCCUGUGAGAGUAUCUUCAUCAAGACGAUACCAUGAGAGACCCCAGCUAUGGCAGUCAGCUGGAGCCGAGUGGAACAGACGACAGCUUCGGUCUCAGGAAGACGUCCGAAAACCCUUCUCCUUUGGUGUGAUUGGCUCUACAAACCCAGAGGACAUUGAUAACCCAGACAAACCCUUUACUCCUCUGACCCUGAAGAGAAGUGUACAGCCCCCCUACACUCCGACUGCACGUCGGACCACUAUUCCUGGUUACACUGGGAGAGGGGUGUAUGCAGACGCCUCAGAUGGGUCCAGUCCUGCUCAGAGUAUGGGGUCACUUGGAGUUUUGCAGAGUCCAUCUUUGGUCCGCUCUGCUCCUCUGUCUCGGCUGGUAACCACGACCAGUCCAUGGAACCCAUUCACCAAGAACCCCGUCUCCCGUCCGACCCAGAGCAGAUAG